UAGUGAUGUCAUCAGACAGCGACAGACUGCUGAAUUCACGCCAAUUGAAGAAAUGUUUAUGGGAUGAGCUCUCUACUUUCUCCAACUUUUACAAUGAUCCGCUCCGCUAUUUUAAGCUCACGGGGAACGCACAAGCUAAUACGUUUAUUGGGGGGAUACAGCUCUGGGUCAGCUCUCCAAAGAUAUUGUAUUUCAAUGUAUAGUUUCACAUCAUCAGUGACUACAAAACAGCAUGCUUCCACUCAACGAGGACGGGUUUUGAAUGUUUUUGUGGGAAAUGACAGAUUUGGACCAACGCUGGACUUCAAUGCCUUCACAACUUGUUCAAGUGAAGGUAGUAACGCUGUUGGAAAAGUCAAAUCAACACAUUAUCAUCUUGUUUACACAUGCAAGGUUUGUUCCUCCAGAUCCACUGAAAAGAUAUCCAAGUUGGCGUACUAUCAUGGAGUAGUGAUUGUGACAUGUCCAGGAUGCAAAAAUCAUCACAUAAUUGCUGAUAACCUCGGCUGGUUCUCUGACCUUGCAGGAAAAAGGAAUAUUGAGGAAAUCCUUGCUGCCAAAGGUGAGACAGUGAAGAGGGUUGAAGGCAGCUCAGCGCUGGAAAUACUAGAGGAUGAAUCUCAGAAAGAUAAAUGCCAAAAUGAUUUACAUAAAAAAAACAAUAACACAACAAAAACAUAAAAUUGUGAGAAUUCUCAUGUGGUAAUAAAUGUUUUUUAAACCAGUAA